CGGAGCCGCAGGAGAUCAUAGCUGCGCUCCGGAGUAAGGGACAGGGACGCCGGUAUGAGUGCCAAAGUAAACAUGGAGGCUCCACCCAAAGAACCCGAUCGCGCCCCUUUGGACCCGUCCUCUUCGUCCCCCAGUGAAGCUGUCCUCAUCUGUGGGAAUGAAGGUGUGACCAAGAAGGCUCGGCCCCAAACCCACACCACCACAGCUUUCCUCCUGCCAGCUCCUGCUCCCGGCCAUCAAAAGCUGGAGGUGACUCCAGCGGUUGCCAUGGGAGACCCAGGUAAAGGAGGCAGGGUCAAUGAGGCGACCACACCCACCCUAACAGCACAGGUGGGCGGGGCUUGUAGCAUCGUCCAUGUCCUAGAGUGGAAGGAGGGGAUGGCCAUCCUGCCCAGCAGCAACCUUAAGUUCUGUGUGAGUGACGUAGGAACGCUGAGCACACUGAUCACCCCAGGGACCACCAGCAGCACCACUGAACCAGCAGCAGGGACUUCUGGGAGAUCAGCUGAGUCAGACAGUGCUCCAGCAGACAAGCCAGAUGUGUCGGCUCCUGCGGGCUCUGUGAGAGGCGCAGCCGUGGAGCCGGAGCGAAUGGUGCCGGUCAAACAUGACAUUCAGGUUGGACUGGGACAACAGAACCAUGAUCCCCGAGCUCAGAGGACGUACACGGAGGAGCUGCGCAGAGAGCCCGUCACUGACAAGAGGAGUGUCGGGGUGGAGAAGGUGCCAGCCGGCGGCAGGGUGUCCUCCCUUAACCCCGAUCACCUGAAACCCAUGAGGAAGAGGAAGAGGAAGGAAUACCUGAGUCCCUCUGAGGAAGACUCUGACAUCGAAGGCACAGAUGAAAAAAUGGAUGAUUCUAAAGCAGAUGGCAGACUCAUCAGAGGAGCUGGAGACAGUAAGACGGAGCAGUGGACGUGGGCUCAGUAUCUGGAAGAAACCAAAGCUGUUGCUGCGCCCAACAAGCUUUUCCAAGAGACCCAGAGGGUGCCAACAGUUAAGAACGGCUUUAAGCAGGGGAUGAAGCUGGAAGGCAUCGACCCGCAGCAUCCGUCCAUGUACUUUGUUCUCACCGUGGCCGAGGUCUGCGGUUACCGGCUGCGGCUUCAUUUUGACGGCUACUCCGACUGCCACGACUUCUGGGUGAAUGCCAACUCCCCUGACAUCCACGCUGCAGGCUGGUGUGAAAGCACAGGACACAAACUGCACACUCCCAAAGGCUGUAAAGAGGAGGAGUUCACCUGGUCCAACUACCUGAGGAUGACUAAAGCACAAGUGGCGCCCAAAGAACUCUUUGCGAGUCCUGGGAGGACUGAUGUGAAGUGCAGUUUCGAGAUAGGAAUGAAGCUGGAGGCCGUCGACCGUAUGAACCCCUCCCUCAUCUGUGUAGCAACCGUCACUGACGUGGUGGACGACCGCUUCCUGGUUCAUUUUGACAACUGGGAUGACACAUACGACUACUGGUGUGAUUCCAGCAGUCCGUACAUCCACCCUAUUGGCUGGUGCCAGGAGAGGGACCUUCCCCUAACGCCACCCCAAGAUUACCCGGACCAGGGCCGGUUCUCCUGGUCUCGCUACCUGGAGGAGACUGGCUCCAAGGCGGUGUCCGCUGACGCCUUUAAAGUGCGAGCGCCCCACAGCUUCCAGCCUCAGAUGAAACUGGAGGCCGUGGACAAGAGAAGUCCUGGUCUGAUCAGAGUGGCCACAGUGGAGGAAGUUGAGACUCAUCGCAUUAAGGUCCAUUACGACGGCUGGAGUCACGUCUAUGAUGAAUGGAUGGACUCAGAUCAUCCCGACAUCCACCCAGCAGGCUGGUGUGAGGCGACCGGCCACCCGCUCAAAGUUCCCCCACGGGACACCAAAACACAGCAGCCACAUGGUGUGAGGGAGCCUCCUGCUAUGGGCCAGUCCACCUACCCCUCCUCUGUUCCCUGUAAACCCAUCAGCCACCCCCGAGCCAACAAGUACAGCUUCCACAACAGGAAGUGUCCAACUCCUGGUUGUGAUGGCUCAGGCCAUGUGACCGGUCGUUUCACAGCCCAUCACUGCAUAUCCGGCUGCCCGCUGGCCGAGCGUAACCAGGGAAGGCUGAAGGCCGAGCUGUCGGACUCAGAGUGCAAGAGGACCCUCUUCUUUGGCCAGAGGACCAAGAAGUCCCACUACCGUGGCAGGAUUGGCCGUCCUCCCAAAUACAGGAAGAACCAGCAAAGAGACUACCAGAACAUGUCCUCAGAGGGUAUGUAUCCGUCACUGUUCAUGUCAGCUCUGAGCAGUCAGUCCGACAGGACUCUGUCUCUGUGCUGGGAGCAGCACUGUAAGCUGCUGCCCGGCGUUCAGGGCAUUCACGCCAGCCAGGUGGCGUCAUGGAGCGUUGAGGAGGUCUUCAGGUUUGUCCAGAAUCUAAUCGGCUGUGAAGAACAGGCUCGUCUCUUCAAAGAAGAGAUGAUUGAUGGGGAGGCCUUCCUGCUGCUGACUCAGACCGACAUUGUGAAGAUCAUGAGCAUCAAGCUAGGCCCCGCCCUCAAGAUCUCCAACGCCAUCCUCAUGUUCAAGAGCACAGACGAGGUACUCAAGUGAUCUCACCCUCACCUGCCCGGGGGCGUCGGGCCGCCAAUCAUCAUGUGCCAAAUUCAUUCUGUUGCAGGGAAAAUACCCUGAUCCCUUUUUCAUGUGUUUGGUGUCCUGUACCCAUCAGAGAGGAGAGCGGGGAGGAGGGGACGGGGGGUAGGUCCGAUCAGGGUUUAAAGUAGACAUAAUGGAGAUGUUGGAAGAGAAUUAAGAAAAUACAGAUAUAUUUUAGCAGUGAUGUCAUAAAGAUGAUGGACAGAUUGGUGUGGGGAGUGGAUAGAAGGAGGCUGAUGUGGAGAAGGUGAAAUAUCAAAUGUUUGGUGGUUUUCACAACUUUACAGCCCAAAUCUCACUGGUAACGUUUUGCAUUUGUUACACAUAAUAAGUAUAUUUGCAACCACCUGUUUUUGAUGCUGAGUUCAAAUUUGUGCAAUAAAAGCUUGAGUGGAAAUAUUAUAAAUUCAGAACAAAAGUCGCAAUUUGCUGAGGAGUUUAAGGUUCUGUAUCAUUAUCGAGGAAGUGCACAUCAGGCAGAUGGGAACAGAUUUUUCUGUUGCAUUACCUUCCUGUUCUUCUGUUGAUGCCGAGUCUGCAUUUUGCUGCCGCUCACAGUCACACAGGAGAUACUAGUACUAUUGGUACUUUUACUUCCUGAAUUAGAAUCAUUACUAUUGGUGCAAGCCCUAAAGGGACCGUUCACCCAAAAAUUAAAAAUACAUAUUUUUUUACAGCUCAAUUGACAAGGAUGCUAUAAAUGUUUGCAUCUGAUGCUGUUGUGAGCCUCUUUUAAGCAUCCUACUGCGUGGUGAUUCGGUUGGCGGGGGCGAGUGUAGUUUUGUAGAGAGAAAAUAGCUCCCACAUUAAACUGCUCAUGAGAAGAUCUGUGGGUUGUUUUGAGUAACCCAGCCAAAAGCCAAACGCCAUUUCGCUCUGUUAUAUCGGAGAGGAGUCAGACAUCUCUACGCCAAAUAUCUCCAACACUCAGAAACUCACACCAAAACAGUUUGGAGUGAUAAUUAUCACUACAGGUAAGAGUGAAAAUAUGCAAUUUUGAUUUGGGGUGAAAUGUCCCUUUAAUACAGGCCAGAUGGCCAAGGUGAACUCAAGAUACAUUUUGGGGAAAGAAAGUUUAAACAUGACAGCAUUUUCAUGAGUACUGUGCCUAGAUUUGGACUAAAUUAUUAGCUUAAAAAGGUGAAAUCAACAAUACAGGGAAAAAUACUGAAAUACUUGAUAAAUUGUGAAAUAAUGAAGGUUAAGUAAA